AAGAGUCUGACCACAUCUAAGGAUUCCUCAACAUGGUUCGAAUUGCACCUUUCGCUGUUGAACAAUGGAUGGACGAGUAUGAGACAACUCCUGGGGCCCUGAACGUUGCUGAGACGUGUGCUGCGUCUGUAUCGAUUGACGACUUGGUCGGCAUGUGCAAAGACCCCAAAGCACAAGGUCCCAUUGAUACAAGACUCAAACUUACAUACGGCCCUAUCCCCGGUUCCAACGCAUUAAGAGAGAGAAUAGCUGCCCAGUGCAGCACGGAAGACAUAAAACUUGCUGCAGAAGAUAUUGUUGUUACACAAGGUGCGAUCGGUGCCAACUUCCUGGCCCUGUAUAGCCUCGUUGGGCCAAAUGAUCACGUAGUUUGCGUCUAUCCGACAUACCAGCAGCUAUAUGAGGUUCCGCGAAGCAUUGGAGCUGAAGUCUCAUUAUGGAAGCUGAAGGAAGAAGAGAGCUUCGUUCCCAACGUGGAUGGGCUGAUCAACCUCAUCCGAAAGAACACAAAGAUGAUUAUCAUAAACAAUCCUAAUAAUCCCACCGGUGCAACUAUCCAUAACAGUGAACUGGGUCGCAUUGCUCAAAUAGCAAAGGAGAAAGGCAUCAUCCUAUUCUCUGACGAAGUCUAUCGCCCACUCUUCCAUGGCGGGGCCUCUGGUCAAAUUGACAUACCGAAGCCUGCUACGUCCUUGGGUUAUGAAAGAACGAUCACGACGGGAUCCAUGUCCAAAGGAUAUGCUUUGGCUGGGAUUAGGGUCGGCUGGAUUGCGAGCAAGGACAAGUGCAUCAUUUCAGCCAUCAUGGCCGCGCGAGACUACACCACAAUCAGCGUUUCCCAGAUCGAUGACCAGGUCGCGAGAUACGCCUUAUCGCCAGCAGUUCUCCCUUCUUUAGUUGAUCGCAACUUGACCCUGGCGAGGAACAAUGCGAAACUGGUCAAAGAGUUUAUCGGACGCUAUAAAGCCGUGUGUUCCUGGGUAGAGCCCACGGCUGGUACGACAGCAUUUGUUCGUUUCAUCAAGAAUGGCCAACCCAUAAACGAUGUUGAUUUCUGCUUGGACCUGCUGAGCAAGAACAAUGUCUUGUUUGUAGCAGGUUCGAAAUGCUUUGGGAAGGACGAGGACUUUAAGGGAUACAUAAGAAUGGGGUAUGUCUGUGAGACACAUGUUCUAGUCGAGGGAUUGAAGCGAUUGGGUGCUUACAUCGACGCAAACUUACUAUAGUUAG